AUGGCUUCGAAUCGAACACGGCGUAUCGCAAAGGAGAUUGCUGAUAUUCAAGCGGAUACUUACUCGCAAAUCACCGCCGAGCCGGUGGGAGACGACGACGAUAUCACACACCUUCGCGGCACAUUUCCAGGGCCGCCAGGGACGCCGUACGAGGGUGGAACCUAUAAGAUCGAUGUCAAGAUACCGACGGACUAUCCGUUUCGGCCGCCCGUCAUGAAGUUCGAGACUAAGGUCUGGCAUCCGAAUGUCAGCAGCCAGACAGGCGCGAUCUGCCUCGAUACUCUUUCAACAGCAUGGUCGCCCGUUCUUACGAUCAAAUCCGCGCUUCUAUCCCUACAAUCCUUACUUAGCACUCCCGAACCGAAAGAUCCGCAAGACGCAGAGGUAGCUAACAUGCUACUGCGGAGGCCGAAGGAGUUCGAGCGUGUUGCACAGGAAUGGGCUGUUAUAUACGCGGGGGCUCCGAGAAAGCAUGCUGGCGAAGGAAGCGGCGGUGCGACGGAUGAGUCGCUCCGGCAACAGGAGCUACGAAUCAAGGAAGAGCAAGAAAAGGAGGACCUCUCCAAGUAUGUUUUCGCCUCCUCCCGCAUGCCAUGUUUCUCUGCCGUGUCAGGAGAGCUCUUGCUCACAGUCUUCAUCAGGUACGACGGGUACAACAAAGAUUUGAUCGAUCGUUUUUGCAGCAUGGGCUUUGACGUGGAUCGAGUAGUGGCCGCCUUCAAAUUCUACGGGAUCGAUCGAAUGGGCGGAGAGGACUAUGGAUUAGACGAAGGCUAUCUGGGGGAUAUAACAGCACAUCUUCUUGGCGAGUCAUAA